CGAAUUAACAAACUUAUUAGGCUUAAGGUGCAUUUAAUUACUAAUUGUGAGAAUUGGCUCGUUCUGAAUGAUGUUAUCCUACUCUGCUUAGAUCAUAUCUUUCGUUCUAAUCACUUUCUUUCUCAUUACAACUUUGAAUAUUAUAUAAUUGACUAAGAAAAUUGUCGGAAACAUCUUUGCAAUGACUUGGUAAGGGACCAAUAUCUAUGUACUGUAUAUGUGUCUAUGUAUAUAUUAUAAUUAAAAUAGUGUUUUGCUUAUGUGUUAUCUUCUUGUUUUGGAAAAAAGAGAAUUUGUCUUUCUCUGCGUAUCUAUCUAUCUAAUAGACAAAAGUGGAGAAUCCAUGGCAAAGGCUUUGAAUGACGACGAUCCUGUUUAUGUUGCAGUAAGCGAAGACGUUGAUGAAAGUAGAUCGACUUUGUUAUGGGCAUUGAGGACUCUUCGAGUGAAGAAGCUUCACCUUCUUCACGUUUACCAGCUCAUUUCGAUGACACCUUCAUCGAGUGGGCUGGAACAAAGUGAGAUCGAUGCAAUCCAGGAGUUGGAACAGACUAGUAGAAAUGAUACCCUUCUCAAAUAUCAUGAUAUCUGCAUAGAUGAAGGAGUUAUUGAACAAGAUGUGGAUAUGUCAUAUUUUUCAGCAAAUAAUGUCGGGGAAUGGAUUGUGGAACUUAUCUAUCAAAACAAUAUCAAGAAGCUUAUCAUGGGAGCAACUGCUGAUUCCCACUACUCCGAGGGCAUGGUUCAUAUCCCAUCUACAAAAGCUGAGUACGUGUUCCGACAUGCGCCUCAUUGCUGUAACAUAUGGCUUGUAUGUAACGGUAAUCUCAUCCAAACGAGGGCGGGACGGUUUGAACAUGCAGGUUCAGCGCACUCCUACUCUGAAUCCUCAAGCAGCCUUCAUAGCCUUGAUUCUGCUCCGAUACCAUAUGGGGGAGCAGGAAGAGCUGAACGUGUUACCCAGCCUCAUGCCUUGUCAUCAUCUGAAGAACUAUCAGCUAGAGGGUUUGAGUCGAUGUAUUAUGAGGAGCAGAGACGGAGAUUGGAAAUUGACGAACUAAAGAGAGAAAAGAAGCAACGUGAUAAGAUGAGGCGUGAAGCAGAGGAUGCACUCUCUAGUUCCUUUGGUGUCUCUCAGAUACUGUACAAUGAAGAAGUAAUUCGCAGGAGAGAAGUGGAGGCGGAACUAAACAGAGCAAAAGCAGAAAUAGAAGAUAUGAAAAGGGUCCAAAAGGAACUUGAAGAACAGCAUUAUGCUGAUUGCCGUCUGUUAGAAAUGUUCCAGAAAGAGCGAGACGAAGCUAUCAAGACAACUGAAGAGCUUUUAAGAGCUUUGGAGAAGGGUGAGUCAUCAAUCCCGUUGCAAUGGUCUGUUUCCAACGAGCCUCCCCAAUGUUUCAUAUGUCCCAUUUCAAAGGAUAUUAUGCAAAAUCCUCAUGUUGCAGCCGAUGGUUACACCUAUGAAGCAGAUGAGUUCAGAAGAUGGCUCAAUCACGGAGGUGAAAAAUCACCGAUGACAAAUAUUAGGCUCCAGAAUCACAAUCUCACCCCGAAUCUUGUUCUUCGUUCCGCCAUUAAAGACUGGUUACAACAGCAUCCAUAAUAAUAUGAUUUGCCGUAGGAUAAAUGUCAAAUGUGGUUUUAAUCGUGUUGUGAUUCAUUGAAUUUGUUUGUGAAAAAUCUAAUAAAAAAGUCCUUUAUUCACUG